AUGGCAGCGAACUUCGCCCCAUAUCAAGACAUACCGGAAUCAUCACGCGCGCUUUCUCCACCACCAGUCCACUCGCCGAGGACGUCUAUUGACCGUACACGUAGCAUCGUAUCACCUUCCACACGCGCAUACGAACAACAUGACUACUUCCAGGGCCAAUCGCCCGUCUCCCCACCCGCAGAACCAGAUACCGAGCACAUAGCAUGGGAUCAGCCAUCCCGCAGCACAGGCUUCGGCCGUUCUCGCGAGGAUGUGGAUAUGUUCACAACGUCUCUGGGCUGGCGACUCGAUUACGAAGCUUGCCUAGCAUAUCUUCUACUUCCACCAGCAGGCGGGGUGUUACUACUGGUCUUGGAGCACCAAAGCGACUAUGUGCGGUUCCACGCAUGGCAGAGUAGUCUGCUGUUCGCCUUCAUCUUUGUGGUUCAUAUCAUAUUCAGCUGGUCGAGCUUCAUAUCCUGGGUGCUAUUCAUCGGAGAUCUGGCAGGCAUAGGGUGGCUGACUUGGAGGGCAUAUCUGGAUGCUGCAACACUCGAUCGAUAUGAAGUACCCUUCUUUGGCCCGCUAGCGAGCUCGAUACUUGACGAUGAAUAG